AUGUCAGAGGCCUAUUACGACGACAAACCCAAGGGUGGCGUCACAUACGCCCACCAGGAUGACCUGCCGAAACUGCCCAUCCCAGAGCUCGAGGUCAGCUGUGAGAAGUACCUAGCCGCCCUCAAGCCGCUUCAGUCGGCCAGGGAACACGCAGAGACAAAACAUGCCGUGCAGGCCUUCCUCCGAAACGAGGGGCCAGAGCUGAACAACAAGCUCAAGCAGUAUGCUGAAGCCAGGACGAGCUAUAUCGGACCAAUUCUACUCCUAUUUCAAGGGUAUGAUUCGUACCUGAACUAUGACAACCCUGUCGUCCUCAAUCUGAACCCCUUCUUCCUAUUGGAGGAUGACCCCACGCCAGCCCGGAACAACCAGGUGACCCGCGCUGGCUCGCUCGUGGUGUCGGCUUUGGAGUUUGUGAGGGCUGUACGCAAGGAAGAGCUGCCGCCCGACACCGUUAAGGGCACGCCGUUGUGCAUGUACCAGUAUUCACGUCUGUUUGGUACCGCCCGCGUUCCCACCGACGCCGGAUGUCAGAUAGAGCAAGACCCCGAGUCCAAGCACAUCGUUGUCAUGUGCCACGGCCAGUUCUACUGGUUCGAUGUCCUGGACGACAACUCGGACCUCAUCAUGACGGAGCGGGACAUCGUCAUCAACUUGCAGACCAUCAUCGACGACGCCGCCCAGACGCCCAUCCAGGAUGCCGCCAAGGGGGCCUUGGGCGUGCUCAGCACCGAGAACCGGAAGGUGUGGUCGGGGCUGCGGGACGUCUUGAUGCGGGAGCCGGGUUCCAACAACGCCGACUGCCUGAGCAUUGUCGAUACCGCCCUGUUUGUGGUUUGUCUCGACUACUCCGAGCCCGCCGAUGCCGCCGCGCUCUGCCAGAACAUGCUUUGCGGUACGAGUGAGAUCGAAAAGGGCGUCCAAAUUGGCACCUGCACCAACCGGUGGUAUGACAAGCUGCAGAUCAUUGUCUGUAAGAACGGGAGUGCCGGCAUCAACUUUGAGCACACCGGCGUGGACGGCCACACCGUGCUGCGUUUCGCUAGCGAUCUGUACACCGAUACCAUCCUUCGCUUUGCGAGGACCAUCAAUGGCAAGGCCCCGACGUUGUGGGCGUCCACCAGCCCCGACCCAUCCAAGCGCGACCCCGAAAGUUUCGGUGACGUCAACACGACGCCGCACAAGCUGGAGUGGGAUAUGCUCCCUGAACUCCGUAUCGCCGUCCGGUUCGCCGAGACCCGGCUGGCGGAUCUGAUCGAACAGAACGAGUUCCAAUGCCUCGACUUCGGUGCCUACGGUAAGAAUUUCAUCACCUCGAUGGGUUUCUCGCCCGACGCCUUCGUUCAGAUGGCCUUCCAGGCGGCCUACUACGGCCUCUACGGCCGUAUCGAGUGCACCUACGAGCCGGCUAUGACCAAGAUACCUUCUGGGCCGACAACCCGGCCGAGCAGAAGAUCGAAGCCCUCCGCAAAGCCUGCACAGGGCCACGUCGCCAGGACGCGUGAGUGCGCGAAAGCUGAGGGCUUCGACCGUCACCUGUACGCCCUCCUCUCCCUCUGGCAGCGCACCGUCAACGAAGACAUCGGCAGCUCCGUCUCCGGCAGCAACGGCUACUCCUCCCCCGUCGACGCCCUCUCCGACCACAGCGGCACCAGACCCCCCGCCCGUAACCCAGCUUACUUUCUUCGGCAACACCCCCCACCCUCUCCCCCCCCAUCACACCAAACGGGCCAUCACAACCCAAUUCCGUGGUUCUACGUCCCAAUCCCACCUCCGUGCUGGCUCUUUCCCCUAUCUCCUGAUAAUCUGUUCCCGCGGCGACAGCAUCCAAUCGCACAUCUCCCAACUCCAGCAGCACGUCCCCCGCCCCCUCACCACCUCCCCCUCCUCUUCGCCGACCCCGGCUGGGACAAGAUCAACACCACCAUCCUGUCCACCUCCAACUGCGGCAACCCGUCCCUGCGCCAGUUCGGCUUCGGCCCCGUCUCGGGCGACGGCUUCGGCAUCGGCUACAUCAUCAAGGACGAAGGCAUCUCCAUCUGCGUGUCGUCGCGCCAUCGCCAGACGAGGCGCUUUGUGGAUACGCUCGAGAGUUAUCUGUUGGAGAUACGGCGGGUGUUGCGCAUUUCGGCGCAGGGGAAGGCUGGUGCGGGCGGCGGCGUGUGGAAUGGCUUGCUGGGGAUGAGGGGGAGCAGGGCCAGGGAGGUGGAGGGGUUGCGGGCGGCGGGCAAUGGGCAUCAUGGGCAUGGUCAUGGUCAUGAUAAGGGGGUGCAUACGGGGAAGGGCGGGGUUAGUGGUGGGAAUGGGGUGGGGAAGGCGGGUGUUGGGGGGCCGCAGAAGAUGCGGGUGAGGGGGAGGUUGAUUACCGGGGCCGAGGGCCUCAGGAAGGCGUCGUCGGAUCUGAGUGCGGGGGUGAAUGGGAGUGUGUCGUCGCCGACGGAGGAGAGCUUGGGUAUGAGUGAGGAUGAUGAGUUGGGAGGGUAUGGCUUCUUUGACGCUGGCAUGCUGCUGCAGGCACUCAAGGCGAGGGGCGAGAACUUUGAUAGCGGCGAGAGCAAGCCGUCGGAACGGGCGGCCGUGCAGGCGCGGAGGCGGGAUGUCGGCAAGAGAAUUGAGGCUGAUUGA